AUGAGUGAACUUAUCAAGCUAGUCCACGGGAGCUCGCUGGACCGUAGCAGUACGGGCGUAUUCUACGUCACUGCCGGUCAGCGCGUCUCUCUGCCGACACGAAAAGCAAAUCAGAAGCCCCCCUUCGAAAUUUCGAAUUGCUGUCUGCUAAUUGAACCAUCAGCGACUUCGAGCAGAAAGUCAAACGAUAUCUCCGUCCUCUUGGAGUGGUACUGGUCGUCCGACAGUACGUACAUCGGCACCAGCAACUACGUGGAUGUUGCAACACUGUACAUCCCAGAUCAAAACGACCAGACCACUGCCCCCCAGACUCAAAGACUGUUCAAUGGGCGGACGUUUGCGGCAAGUGUGGAAGGAGGCGACUCCUUUCACUACUGGGCAAACUCAGAAUGCUGGAAGGGACGAGUCCUCAAAGCCGAUGACGUAGUUCAACCUUCAGAUGAACCAGACCUCGAGCAACCUUCAGACGAGCCAGACCUCGCGCAACCUUCAGACGAACCAGACCUCGCAACUUCUAGCCGUUCCAUCGUCGAACCCAACCUACAGUCAGCCAGGACCCGAAACUUGGGUGUUCAGACUGAUGGACGGACAGAAGUGGAGGAUCUGCGAAGUCAGAUGGAGGAGUUGCGUAGAGAACUGGCCGCUGAACGGAAGGCAUCCGACGAACUCCGUUUGCAAUUGAGCCGCACUCUCUCAACAACACAACACAACAGCAACACAAACACAACAACACAACACAACAGCAACACAACAACACAACACAACAGGUGGACACAACACGCCCAGUCAUUCCGAGACAUCAACAUCCAACAUCAACAGAACAGGUGGACACAACACGCCCAGUCAUUCCGAGACAUCAACAUCCAACAUCAACACAACAGGUGGACACAACACGCCCAGUCAUUCCGAGACAUCAACAUCCAACAUCAACAGAACAAGCAGCAGUCAUUCCGAACAGCAACACAACACGCCAACAACACAACACGCCCAGUCAUUCCGAACAGCAACACAACAAUCAGAACAGCAACAGAACAAGCAGCAGGCACGGCAACUGGGAACGGAGCUCAAAAAAAUUGUUAA